UCAUUUCUGUGCUGUGUUCUGCUCUCCCACUUGUGCCGGAGCUUGGAGGACGUGGAGGGGGUCAUCUUGCUUGUCAUUCUCAGCCCAGUGUGUCUCCUGGACCAGCCCCAGACCAGCAGCAGCAGCAUCACCGGGGAACUUGCCCUCCAGCCCUUGGUAACCUCCUCUGUUUCCUGUCCCGAUGAAUCUGACUGUUCUAGGGACCUCAUGUGUCCGUACCUGCACCGGACAACCGGCGACACCGAGCGCAAGUACCACCUGCGCUACUACAAGACGGGCACGUGCAUCCACGAGACCGACGCCCGGGGCCACUGCGUGAAGAACGGGCCGCACUGCGCCUUCGCCCACGGCCCCCUGGACCUGCGGCCCCCGGUGUGUGACAUCCGGGAGCUGCAGGCCCAGGAAGCCUUGCAGAACGGCCAGCUCGGCGGUGGGGAUGGCAUCCCUGAUCUGCAGCCUGGGGUCUUAGCCAGCCAGGCCAUGAUCGAGAAGAUCCUGGGCGAGGACCCCCGGUGGCAAG